AUGUCCCACCAGAUGAUAGACUACGACGAGGAGCUCAUGAAAGUUUGGGGCCUGGUCAACGAGUUGUCAGAGCAACUGGCCAACAACCGUGCUCUCGUGACCCAGCUCAAGGCCCGUACAGACAACGUCAAAGGGCAGUCUGUUCACGUCGGUGCCGGAUUCCCUUUACGGCGAUUCAACCUCGAUAUCUCGGAUGAGGUGUUCCAAACUGAGCUUGAGUCCUUUGCAUCGCACCUUGUCCUCGAGAACCAGGGCCUCCAGCAUGAGAACAAGCAGUUGAAUGCUCUCCUCAAGGAGUACGAGCAAACAUUGGAGACGGUGAUGGGCAAGUUCCGCGGUGUAGCCCACGCAUCUCAACAACACGAUCUCGCGCUGCACUCGUACUACAGCCAGCUUCUCCAGUCUCUCCAGACAGCCCAUUCUUCGGCCCAACUGCACGACGACACCUCCCUCUCCCUCCUACUCACCAGGUUAUCGACUCUCCUCCGUUCCGCGAUGCGUUCUCUCAAUGGAGAAGACUCCGACAGCGACGCACUCGCGCAGUUGCAAAUCGUCGAUGAUCAAGUCCACUCGUCCUCGCCCGCCAGCUCAUCACCUCACUCGCCGUCUUCACCAACACGGCCGGAUACAAGCCAGCGUGGCGUUCACCGCGGACCAACCCGCCGGAACCAGUUUCCAGGCUUCAUUCCUGGCAGCUCGGGAGGAUACUAUGGCACUGAAGGUCAAAGUGACUGGGCCAUGGAGCGUGAGAUGGAGAUUCAGCGUCUCGAGGACGAGAACAAGGCGUUGCGCGAGAUGCUCGGCAUCGCCGAAGAGGCGGCGGCAGCAGAGGAGGUGCCUGACCAUACUCCUGCUCACGAGGAGAAGUCUCCCAUCCUUGGCGCGCAGCACCGUCACAGUCUCACUGUGGAGGAGCUUGAGGCUGGCGCCGAGCAAGAGGAGGCUGCUGCCAAGGAGCGUGCAGAGCACCCUGAGGCAGAGGAGGAGAGCCGGCCACCCCUCGAUCCGUCAGUGGUCGACUUUCGGGCCGCCGUCGGAGACGACGUCCCGCCUGAGAAUGUGAUUGAUGAGACCGACGGCACGCCUGCGUGA